UUACGGUUACGGUUAACAUUUCUAUUCAUAUCUUUUAAGUAACUUUUGAUGUUUUUGACGAGUUCCAGAUAAACAAAUGUAAGAGGGGAUAAAAAGAAUACAACUAUGGGCAGUUGUGAUUAUGUAAAGUUUAGCCUAUUAAUUUGAAUUUUGCGUAGUCAUUUCAAGAGGGGGUUCCACCCCACCAGUGGAUUGGGCAGAGCACCAUCUCUCUUGUUUGUCUGAAGGAGUAUUUCUGCAGUAGGUGCUGGUGUUCAAUUCACUACGCUUUCAGCAGAUGGUGAGGGUAAAUAUGGAGCUGGAUAAAAUCACCGGAGAGACAGGAAAGGCGCACAUUGAGCUUCCCGCGCUGACGAAACACAUCAUCUGAGCAAAUACAGUCAGUUUUCGUGUAUAAGUAAUUUAAAUGCUAUGAAACCGUUCGAAAUGUGGAUAAUACUACUGUGGAUAUUUGUCCAACUUUUGCUUGGCACUUCAGUCGAAGCACAGCAUGUGGACCCUGAAGUGGGCUUAACAGCUCAGGAACAAGUUCUCCUGCUGUAUGACAUCAAACUGCAGUGCCUUCAGAACAUCUCCGAACACAAUCCUGCUGAUGAGGUCUGUUCUCCCGGAUGGGACGGGUUGGUCUGCUGGCCUCAAGGUUCUCCAGGAACUGUCAGCAAAGUGGCGUGUCCCAGCUACGUGUACGACUUCAACCACAACGGAUUUGCAUACCGUCAUUGCAACUUGAAUGGAUCGUGGGUAUCGGUGGAGAACAGAACUUGGGUCAAUUAUUCAGACUGUCUGCGGUUCUUGGCUCCAGGCAUUGAAAAGGGCAAAAGGGACUUUUUCGAGCGGCUGCACAUCAUGUACACAGUCGGCUAUGCGGUGUCCUUCAGCUCGCUGCUGGUGGCAAUUUUCAUCAUUGGAUACUUUCGGCGUCUCCACUGCACCAGAAACUACAUCCACAUGCACCUCUUUGUGUCUUUCAUGCUGCGCGCGGUCAGCAUCUUCGUGAAAGACAGAGUGGUGUACGCUAAUGGUGUGCUACAGGAGUACGACACCAUGCUAAUGGACAACAUCAGCACCGUCUCCAUUUCCCCGCUUGACAAGACUCAGUAUUUUGGCUGCAAGAUCACAGUCCUGUUCUUCAUUUAUUUCCUGGCAACCAAUUACUACUGGAUCCUAGUGGAGGGCCUGUACCUUCACAGUCUCAUUUUCAUGGCGUUCUUCUCAGACUCCAAAUAUCUUUGGGGUUUCACUCUCAUAGGAUGGGGUGUUCCUGCUCUCUUCGUAUCAACCUGGGCUGUCGUCAGGGCAACGCUGGCGGAUGUAAGGUGCUGGGAGUUGAGCGCUGGCAAUAUUAGAUGGAUUUACCAAGUUCCUAUACUGACAGCAAUUGGGCUGAAUUUUAUUCUGUUUGUAAAUAUUGUACGAGUUCUGGCCACAAAGAUCCGAGAAACGAAUGCGGGACGAUACGACACACGUAAACAGUACAGGAAGCUGGCUAAGUCCACUUUGGUUCUGGUUCUGGUUUUUGGCGUGCACUACAUCAUGUUUGUGGGAAUGCCGCACACGUUCACAGGUCUGGCCUGGGAGCUGCGCAUGUACUGUGAACUGUUCUUCAACUCAUUCCAGGGAUUUUUUGUAUCCAUUAUUUACUGCUUCUGCAAUGGAGAGGUCCAGACAGAAAUCAGGAAGACCUGGCUCCGCUGGACGCUUGCAUUAGACUGGAAAGGUCCCUUCGUUUUGGCUAACUACCGCUAUGGGACGGUCCUGAACAGCAGCGGUGCCAGCGUUCAAUCCCAGCUGACCUCAGUGACCCGCAGUUCUGCUCUCCUCACCAGCAGGGUGUACCGCUGCGCCGCUCGGCCCAGCGUCGGCUCGCUUGUGCAUGGCUUGCAAAUACACACCACCUUGCCUGGAUACGUCUUCAACAACUCAGACAUCGAAAGCCUCCCACCUUCCAUUCCAGAAGAAAUCGAAGAGGAGGCCAAACACAUCGACGACAUCACGCUCAAAGGGGUCAACCACAUCGCCGUACGACAGGAAGUCCUCAGCAUCUGUUUCGAAGAAAGCGGACAGAGCUCAUCCCACACAGAUUCUGAUGACGUCAGAUGUCGUCCUGAUGACAUCACUACGGAAAUCUCCAAAUGCACUAAUAAAAUGUCACAGAAGUAUUCUUUAUCGGUGAGGGACAACAGUUUGGAUCAAGAGGACGAGGAAGUACUUUAAAACGCAGACUUAAUUUAACGCGAAUUGCCUUUUGCAACCAAUUUUACGUAAAACAAGAUUUUAAUAGAAAAAAAAAUAUUUUAUUCUUCGGGAAUUGAUUUGAUUGUAGAAAUUGGGCGUUAUAUAUCGUAAAGGUAGAUAAUUUGCUUAGAAAUAAAGGUGUUUCACAAUUCCAUAUUAGAACCUUUUUGUCUAAAUGGUUCCUUAAAGAACCUUUAACAUCUAAAGAACCUUUCAAAAGGUUCUUUGUGGCGAAAGAAGGUUCUUCAGAUUAUAAAAAGAACCUUUGACUGAAUGGUUCUUUGUGGAACCAAAAAUGGUUCUUCUAUGGCGUCGCUGUGUAAAACCUUUUGAAGCACCUUUAUUUUUAAGAGUGUAAAUAGCUAUUUGGCUAUUUGUUAGCAUUAUCAAAUAACAAAAUAAAGGUGAAAAUGCAAACUUUUUUUUUUUUUCGCAAAUUGUCUUUUGCAACCAAUUUUACUUCUGUAAAGGAUUUUAAUAGAAAAACAAAAAAAGAAUUUAUUCUUUGAGAACUGAUUUGAUUGUGUAAAUUGGGCGUUAUAUAUUGUAAUGGAAUGUAAUUUUCUAAAAUAGUGCCUAAAUAGCUAUUUGGUUAUUUGUGAGCGUUGUCCAAAAACAAAAUAAAGGUGAAAACGGCUUUAAAGUAAAUCCACCUCAGAAGUAGCAUAAGUUUUAAUUAAAAAGUAAUAAGGCAAACAAUUUUGGGGGGGAAUAACAUGCAUUGAUUCACAAGAAGACCUAAAACAUGUCUUAAAGGGAUUGUUCACCCAAAAAUGAAAAUUCUGUCAUUAAUUACUCACCCCAAUGUUCCAAACCCGUUAAACCGUGACUCAUCUUCAGAACACAAAUUAAGAUAUUUUUCAUGAAAUCCGCGAGCUCUCUGACCCUCCAAUAGACAGCAAGGGUACUACCACGUUCAAGGCACAGAAAAGUACCAAGAUGAUCAACAAAGUAGUCCAUGUGACAUCAGUGGUUCAACUGUAAUGUUACAAAGCAACAAAAAUACUUUGUACGGGGCCCAGGUGUUAAGACUGUACUCACCUUCAGGCCAUCCAAGAUGUAGAUGAGUUUAUUUCUUCAUCAGAUUUGGAGAAAUGUAGCAUUACAUCACUUGCUCAUCAGUGGAUCCUUUGCAGUGGAUGGGUGCUGUGAGAACGAGUGUCCAAACGGCUGAUAAAACAAUCACAUUACUCCACAAGUAAUCCACACCUCUUCAGUCCGUCAGUUAAUGUCUUGAGAAACAAAAAGCUGCAUGUUUGUAAAAAAACAUUAAAAAAAAAAAUACAAGUAAAUCAUUGAUCUAUAACAUAGAUUUUUCGAGCGAAACUAUUCGCUUAAGAAAGUAAACGGAGUCCAUUUUGAUUUUCACGUUGACUUGUCAAAGUUUCGCAAAUAGUCAAACAAAGAUGCCAUACGUGCCGUAAAAGUAAUGAAAUAAAAGUUCAGUUGGUUUCACUCAUUCUAAGCCUUGCGAGAAAGAUUUGUGUUGACAUUUGUGCUCUUUUUUGCUAUAAUCUAGUGCCAUCGCACUGCCGUGUAAGACUGUUUACAUUGUUAAGUUUUGUAAAUUAUUUAUGUGUAAAUAUAUCCUCCAUCAAGUGUCAAGCCGUGGGUUUAUUUUUGCGAUCAAAUGAUGUUGUUCGGUGAAAUCAAACAGCGGGACUCAUUCAUGAAACACAAGCGAAAAGAUUUUCUGCGGAAAUAGUUUGUAAAACAUGUUCUCGUGUAAAUUGUCUUCAUUCUGUUACAGUUUAUGCAAGCGUGGUUCUACAGAGCAUUAAAACAAAUUCGUUCUGCUUGUGUUUUUUGUCUGUAAAAUUGUUUGCAAAACUGUGUGUAAAAUGUCAUGCAGUAGAUUUUCACGAACAGAUUCACAUAAUAUUCAUUCUGCUCGAGUUUCACGAAUGCAACCCAAUAGAUGCUUUGCGGUUUAGAUAUUUGAUUACGACUUCAGCAAGAAAAAAAUCAGUUGGGCAUUGCUUGGCAUAAAUGUUUUGAUUGUACAUAUUUUACAUCUAGCUAUUUUUUUUUACUGUAAUUUAUGAGUAAAUAUUUUUCUUAAAUUGUUUUAAAUGUAUUGUGCAUUGAUGUUGC